UUAUUUUAAAUCUGCCUUACCACUGAUCUUUUCAAUAUAUAAUUACACGGAUGAUCAUAGAUGGCUAAACUGCAGGUUUAAUCUAGCAGACCUCAUCUAAGGCAAAUUCAAUGGCCAGUGUGAAAGAACCUCUUCAGAUCUGGCUGGGCACAAAUGGAAAGAAUAUAGGACUUGGCCCAUUUCAGGCAGUAUUGCUACCAUUUGUUCCUGCCGAUGCAAACUUUUCAAUGUAUAAAGAAGACAAAAUAUGCGAAAAAUCGUUCUAUCAAAAGACAAAAUGCUACGAAAAAAAUGUUCGGCCCCGAAUUUGACACAAUGGAGAUGCCAAUUGACCCAAGAAAAAAUCGGACGUAGUUGAUAACGUGCGAGCUCGUCCAUUAAAAGAUUAAUAUCUGUUAAACUGAUUUAAGAAGGAUUUGUUUGCUCUUUUCCUGUCAGAUCGAUAAGAUUUAUCAACAACUUUUGUAGAUAAUCUCUCCAUAAUACGACACCUGGGCAGUAUAACUGAACAAUUCGUACUGUCAUUGGUCUUGAUUACUGUGAUGUCCAACUAAUUUCUUAUAUAAAUUAUUUCAAUCGUGAUAAGAUGAGGGAAGGUGAACAACUAUGAUAAAAAUUUUGUAUAGCUUCUUAAUACUAAUUUACACACAAAUCCUUGUCUUUUCAACUGACGUCGACGUCGAUGAAGAUGAAAAUUUUGUAGUGGGAGAUGUAAAUCAAUUUUGUUUAGACCAUGAUGACCAUACAUACUUAAAAUAUAAAACUGAACCGGAAAAAGGAGAGAUAAAUCCACCAUUUGAUCUCCAUGCUUCUAAUAUAACUGAUUCUCAAUUUGAAUUACAUUGGCGCCUGCUGUACGGAGAAUUUGCUAGUUACGUUAUUCAUGUAGAAGAAGGAAAUACAAAAUAUCCAUUACCGUCUUACUGUUUUAUUCCACCAAGACCUCCACAAAUUAUUAUUAUACCAAUUACUUCAGUUACAAAAUAUUUAAUUGACAGCUUAAUACCUUAUCAAGAUGUCACAGUUAAAAUUGCCAUCAAAUAUCCGGACGUUAUAGGCCCUUGGUCAGAUCCAUUAAUUGUUACAACUUUAUCCAAAGAACCCAGCCCUGUUGGGAAUAUAACGUUGAAAUUUGUGGAGGAUAGGGUGAUUUUUUCUUGGUUGCACCCUUGUUAUUCAUACGGCGAUGUUGUGAAAUUUACCAUUUCUGGGGUGGGGCAUAAAAUUCUACAUGAACGACAUGAAUUUACUGAAGACUUAAUUGUUUCUCAGGUGCAGGAUAGCUAUAAAUUGGGUGUUAGAAACAUAAAAACAGAUUUUGAUUAUUCAGUUACAAUACAAGCAUUUAUACGUCAAAUUGAUAAAGGAGGAGAAUUGGCUUAUUAUUCAUUUAGAGGUCCAUCUUUAAUACCACCUGAACCAGAUAAAUAUUUGAAACUGAAUCCCGAGUCUGAAACUCCAACGAGGGUUUCCAUUCAGUUAUUUGAAUUUAAUGUUGAAAAUGGGACAAUUAUUUAUUAUUCAGUGUUAGUAGGUGAGGAGGGUUACAUAAACAGCACUUCUAGCUGGAUCAGUGCAAACAAGCAAUGGCCACAAGAAAAAACAUGGCAACAGGCGAAUGAAGAAAGCAUUGUCAAAAAGUACCAGGCUACAAAGAAAAAAUGGAAUCCGUUUAAAAAUUUGGAAGGCACAAAUAAAAAUUACAAGUACAUUAUUGGAGCAGAUGGAGAAAUAUGUCAAAAGUUGCAGAAUAAUUCUAUUUAUUGUAAUGGACCAUUGAAACCUAGCACAAAAUAUGGAGUAAUCUUGAGGGCAUUUACAGACAGGGGGUACAGGGAUUCUCAAGUCUUCUAUUUUAUUACAGAUGCGGAAGAAAAUACAUAUACAAUUUUGAUGGCAGUUGGUUCAGUUACAGUAAUUGGAUCAAUUGUUGCAUUUUCAUAUAUUUUUGUUAUAAGACGUCGGAAGCAAUGGCAAAUGGAAAGGAAGAAACAAAACAAGUUAAAUAUCGAUCUAAAUGGUGUAACAGCUGAAUUAGAUGGAACAGAGCAGCCCGAAAGCCACCAACUCUUCGACAUCGCUGCAGUAAACGAAGAAUAUGACAAGCUGCAAAAGAAUACUAAAAAAAUUCACCACCAUUCGACCUGUGGUACAGAUGAACAGAACAAAGAGAAAAAUAGAUACGCAAAUGUUUUUCCUUUUGAUUACAACAGAGUGCUUCUACCAGGACAACCUUCCGAAAACUACAUCAAUGCAUCACAUAUUAAUGGUUUUGAUGAUGUACAGAAAUAUAUUGCAACCCAGGGGCCGAAAGAGAACACAGCGAAGGAUUUCUGGGCCAUGGUUGCUUCAUGCAAUGUUUCCAGUAUCGUUAUGCUGUGUAAAACUGUGGAACAAAAAAAAGUAAAAUGUGAUUUUUACUACCCAGAAGCAGGUAUGAGCAAACUUUUGGGUGAUUAUAGCGUACAUUGUAUUCAAAGGCACUCAUACAAAACAUUCAUCAUAAGAGACUUAGUACUCGUUAAGGAUGGAGACAAACACAACAUAACCCACUUUCAAUAUUUAGAAUGGGCUGAUUUUGGUGUGCCUUCAUCGGUGAAAGAAAUACUCAAGUUCUGUGAUUUGGUUGAAAAAUCAAUCAACCCUCUGGACAGAUCUGUACCAUUAGUAGUACAUUGCAGUGCUGGAUGUGGAAGAACUGGUACAUUUAUUGCACUUUAUGAAAUGUUGAAAAUGAAACCAUCUGCUAUUAGCAUAUAUGAUAUUGUUUACAAGCUGAGAAACCAGAAAAUGGGAAUGGUCCAAACAAGAGAACAAUACAUUUUUUUACAUAAAUGUUUGCGCCACUUAAAGAAAACUAGAGCUAACUGGAAUCCUAUGUGAAACGGGGUAGAUUUUUAAACAUUUAUUAAAAAUAGUUGACGAGCAUUUCUUUUUUUCAGGGAAAACCACAUUUGAAAUUUAAAAAUGCUAGAAAUUGUAUUAUGCAUUAGAACGAUUAAUAUUUAAGGAUUAAAUGAUGUGUUUUCUGUCUUGUAUUUCUUAAACACUCAUCAUUUAUGCAUGUCAAUUAUAAUAAAUGCUCAAUUAUUUAUAAUUUUCUGAUGAAGUUUUGCCAUUUAAAACUGUAGUGAUGUAUCGUCACUCCGUGCAACACUUACUUGAUGAUCGAAGUGAUGUAAAUAGUGCAAUUUUCACUCUGAAAUUUAAAAAAAUCUUAAGGAUGGUUAUAUUAUCUGAAAAAUAUUUCAAAAGCUGACCUGAAUCUGUCACUUCGACAACAAAGUUGUUAUAUUUUUUGUCCAAAAUUUCAAAAUCCAUAAUGUGGUCUGAUAAUUUGUAAUUAACAUUUUCCUAUAAAAUUGAAACAAGCAUUCAAAAA